CACGGGAAAGCAGAGCGAGGGUGAGUGCGGGUCAACUGCCAACUUAUCGCUUACAGUGGACGAAGUUGCAUCCCUCGUAGCGAUCGACGCAGGUACAUUCGCACUAAAGACAGGGCGUCGACCAACAUCGGUACAGAGCCUUGCAGGGUGCCAUGGAUGGACACGACUGCAGCCGGCCGCGCAGGGGAUCGUCGUCCGUUCGUGGGCGUAUCUCAGCUGAAGCAUUGACGAUCAGGGAGUACAUGUCUCAAGCAAUCCGGGCUGACCAGAACAUUGCAGGGCUUCUCUCUUCCCCAAGAGAAGUAUAAAGGCGUGCGAGGGAACCGUAUCAGAUCAAGGUCUCUGUCACCCUUCUCCCCGUGCCUCAACCUUGGUCGUCGAUUCUUCAAGGCAAGCUCCAAUCCCAGCACCUUUCUCACCACCGUUCGCGGCUUGUUGCCAUCUCUCCCUCCGACAAGAAGUCAAUCAUGCGCUUCGAUACCGUUGCCAUCGCCCUCGCCGGCGCCACCACCGCCGUGGCAUCUGCCAUCCCGGGCAAGAGCGCUCUCGUGGACCGCCAGGUGACGCUGUGCUCUGGCGCCGACAGCUCCGCCGUCUGCUGCGCCACCGACGUGCUCGGCGUUGCCGACCUCAACUGUGCACCUCCGCCGUCGACUCCCACGAGCAUUGACGACUUUACGAGCAUCUGCGCCUCGAUUGGCCAGCAGGCCCGGUGCUGCCUGCUACCCAUUCUCGAGCAGGGCCUCAUCUGCACCUCCCCAGGGAAAUAAAUAGGCGACGUGACAACGUUCUCACGAUGACGAGACCACAGUGGUUCAAUUUUCAUCCUAAAACCACUCAUUACUAAAGUCGCGUUCAUUGCCCCGGUUGAUGGCCAUGCCGUAUUUGAGGGGAGAGGGAGGAUAAUAUCGCCAGUCGCAACCCACUACAUCUAUCAGGGCGGAAUCUAUGCGCGCGCGUCCUGGUCUGUCCGUCUAUGUAUGUUAGUUCUUGACCUCGGAAAUGCAUGUGCUGGCGAGUUGGAGGUCUGGGAACGGUGCCUUCCAGGGGGAAAUUGAGGCCGUGGAUGUGGUGUUGUAGGCAAUAUCUCGAUUAAUAC